AGGAAACCCGGGGCUAUUUCUGUCAAUCCGGACCGUCACAGCCUCACAGCUGGAGGCAGCGAUUCAUUACUCGAUAUCUCGCGGCUUCUCCUCAGUUAGAUCUGAUCCGAUCCACCAAGGGUCGGUUUUUGAGCGCAGAGGGGUCACGUCCAACCGCCGCUAACCGCGCAUGUGAACUGCUCGACGGAACGCGCAGGUGAGGUGCGGUGAGCCGGUGAGGAUCGCGUCGGAUUCGGGUCGGGGGGUGCUAGGGUUUCGCUGCCGCGAGAUGGACGGCCGGGACCAGCAGCAGCAGAUGCAGGCGCCGCCGCGCGUGGGCUCGCCGCCGCAGGCGGGCGGCAUCAUGAUGCCGCACGCCGCGUACGGCGCCGCCGCCGCGCCGCCCGGGAUGCCGCCGGGCACUGCGAACGUUAUGCACGGGAUGCCGCUCGCCUUCAACCCCAUGGCGUCGCCGGGCGCCUCCUCUCCCAUGAAACCGGCGGAGAUACCCGGGGCCACGUACCGCCCCGAUUCCGGCGCGCCGGGCAUGCAGCAUCCCGGUGUCGGCGGUGGUGGUAGUGGCGGCGCCGUUGUCAGCGGCAGCGGUGGGGAGCUCGUGAAGAAGAAGAGGGGGAGGCCGAGGAAGUACGGCCCGGACGGGAGCAUCGGCCUGGGUCUGAAGCCCGCGGCAGCGACGGCGACUGAGGCAGGCGGGCAGUCCGGCGGAGGUGGGUCCAACUCCAACCCCGACGGGAAGCGCAGAGGGCGCCCCCCUGGAUCCGGCAAAAAGAAACAGCUCGAUGCUCUGGGAUCUUCAGGGACAUCGUUUACUCCCCACAUAAUAACUGUGAAGCCUAACGAGGAUGUCGCGUCAAAGAUAAUGGCUUUUUCACAACAAGGCCCACGUACUACAUGUAUAAUUUCAGCAAAUGGUUCUCUGUGCACAGCAACACUCCGUCAACCAGCAACCUCUGGUGGCAUAGUUACAUAUGAGGGACACUUCGAUAUACUCUCUCUGUCGGGCUCAUUCCUGCUUGCAGAGGAUGGUGACACUCGUAGCAGAACAGGUGGUUUGAGUGUGGCACUGGCUGGAAGUGAUGGACGUAUAGUUGGAGGUUGUGUUGCUGGAAUGCUGAUGGCAGCGACACCUGUACAGGUUGUAGUGGGCAGUUUCAUUGCUGAAGGUAAAAAGCCCAAGGAAGAGCAGCCGAAGCGUGAGCCGACAUCUGUGCCACCGCACACAGCUGGCUUUGGGGCAGCCUCGGCUGCCAGUCCUCCAUUUGACGGAACAUCAAGCGAGCACUCUGAUGAUCCAGGGAGCCCCAUGGGACGUAACGGCAGCACGUUCACCAACAUGGGGCAUCCCAUGCAUUCCGCAUAUGCUCCGGUUGGCUGGUCGCUAUCCGGGAACCAAGGCCACUACGAUCCCGACCUGAAGAUGAUGUCUGACUAAUGGCUGCUGUGUUGCAGGUUCGUUGUUAGCAGUUGACCUAGUUGAGUAGGGGUUUGGGCCUUCCUGCACCGGUUCCAGUGGCAGUGUCGGACAAUAAAUCCGGAAUGCUAGGAGAGAUAAAGCUCACUAGCAAUAAGUAGCACCAGUUUGUGCCAUUGCCUUAUUAUGUAAUAGUUGUUAGUUUGUAUCUGUGUGGCUUCACUGUCAGGAGUUUAUGCAUCCCGCUUUCUGGUUUCUAUUUGUAUCACAGUGUAGUGCUACGUUUUCUUAUCCAUGGAUUGGUGUUAAUCGUGA